AUGUCACUCUCCUCUCCUCCUCAGCCAGCCACCCAUUUCGGACUCGCAACGCAGCUCCGCACGCCGCCGCUGGACGGCGCCUCGUACAGUCCGGCGUCGACACACAGCUCGCAGGCGAAGAAGCUCACGCCGGCGAUGCGGGCAGAGGGGAGGGACGGAUCUCCGCGACUGUUUACCGUUCCGCAGUGGAGCGCGAAAGACUCGCCCCGGUCGGCCUACUCUGCCAGCACAGACGGUCCUUACGGUAGCUUGGACAUGGCGAGGGCAGACAGUCGGGGAGUGAUGAGCGACGUGGGAUACGAGCCGCUCAGCCCGACCUCGAAGGGACACUCGCGAACGCAGUCGUCGCCGCUUAACGGGUUCAAGGCGGACGGUUCGCCGACGAUGCAACGACUCUAUCGACCAGAGUCGCCCACAUCCGCCACUCCCCCUACGCCCCAGCAAGUCCACAUCCCUUCCGAAGUGACGGCGACCGGCGCACCCAUCUUCAACAAGGUCGACUUCAGCUUCGGCUCCCAGCCGCCUCUCGAUCUCGGUAUCACACUCACCUCGCCGUCCUACUCGACAUACAAGGCGACGAGCACGCCUCUCGCCAGGUCCGCCUCGGCAGAUGCCGUCCACACACCUCCUCUCCCUCCCGCCUCGAAAGACGACGUCCCCGGCACCCCUUACGCCGCUGAAGUGCGAGUCAGUGUCGCGCAGAGGGUCGAGAAGGCUCCCUCGUUCCGCAAGGCGUCGCUUGCCAAGCUGAAUGCAGAGCGACCUGCGAGCGGACCUCUCUUCGAAGACUACCGCCGACCAAGCAGCGCAACGACGGGGUCCGGUUCUUCGUCCGUUCGAAAUGGCUCGCAGGACCUCAGCGUGCCUCGACUGCGACCACCUCGUGCAUCCUCGCCAGGCGGAACAAACCGUCCUGUCGGUCAAGGCCUCCGCUCUUCCUACGCCGGGUCGAGCAUCUCAGACAGCGGCGUCGCGACUGCCAGCCUCUUCCGUCGCGCCUCGUCCGUCUACGUACCGAACUCGCCAGGCGGCUUGACAGCAGUUGCCGUCACCUCCGUCGGCGCAGGACCCGGCAGCCAGAAGAUCACGCCUGGCGCCAAACUCCCACUCAAUCUCCUCACCCUCUCGCGACGAACGGCGCACGUCUCGGACGUACCAGGCUAUGCGUGGCGGUUGAACCUACUCGAGAAGCUCGAGCUCAUCAUGGGUUCGUUCUUGCGGAUUGAGGACGCCGAGGCGAUUCUCUCCAUCGGCAACUCGUCGGAGAAGAAGAAGAAGCGGAGCGAGUCGCGCAAGUCGCAAAUCGGCAUGCCCACACCGUCCUCGGAUUCGCUGCGGCAGCCAGAGGAGAGUGCGAAGAAGGUGCCCGAGCCGAAGACGUUCUUCAGUCGCAUGAAGCGUGUCUUGAGCGUACAGGGUCCUCCAACACGAGAAUCGCCUUCCAGCUCAAACGCCGCCAAGAAGGUCGUCUUCGGCGCGCCCCUCGCGCAGGUUGCCGAGUACGGCUUCGUCACGUCGAUGAUUGCGGGUCAGCGGCACGACCUGCCAGGCGUCUGCUUCAGCACAGUCGAGGAGAUCUACCGACGGGGCCAGGGGUCGAAAGUGCCGGGACUGAUGCAGCUGCAAGGCGAGCCCGGACGAAUCGCCAAGCUUGUUCAGAUCUACAAUACUCCGCCCGACUACGGCGAGCACCACGACCUGUCGAUCGAGUCCAUCCACAACGUUACCUCCCUCCUGAAGCGCUACCUCCGCGACCUUCCUGAACCCGUUCUCGACCAGCGGCUGUGGCGCCUCUUCCAGGUUGCGUGUGUCGACUCGACCAACUCGCUCAAGGCUCGCAUCGCCUCCGCCCAGAUCAUCCUUCGCCUUCUCCCGACCCCGAACUUCAGCCUGCUCGUCUACCUCGUCGCCUUCCUCUCGCAGAUGCCGCUUUUCCCGGAAAACAAGCUUUCGCUCGCGACGGUCUCUGGCAUCUUCGGCGCCAUGAUCAUGGCGCCGCGCCCGGCGCCGCAGAAGAAGCCCGCCAAGGGCGAGAUGGUCAUCAGCGGACCGGGCGAGUCGGUCGAGUCUGCGGGCGCGACGGCCAAGAAGGGGGAGGUGGCGCUGCGCUGGCUGCUCGAGCACUGGAGCUCGGUCGCCGACGGUCUCCUCGACGCCGACUUCGAUAUCGACCCUGCGACGAUCGUCGACAAUGCGGACGAAGCAUCGCCGGAUCGCAGCGAGAAAACGUCGUUGCUCGCACCGACGCUCGACGUCAUUGUCCCGCAGGGCGAGCUGCACAUCCAGCAGCCCGCUGCGCAGGAGGAAACAGCGCCGCUCGCUCCGCCCAUCCAGCUUCCUCGCGACGCUCCCGCCCCUCCCGUCCACGAGCAAGCCUGGUCGCAGCGCCAGCCGUUCUCGCCGGUCGUCGAGCAGCACACCGCCGAGCUGGAUUCCAUUCCUCGCUUCGAGGACGUCAGCAAGACGUACAACUCGCAGCCAUCCACGCCUGUCGCCCAGGACGACACGCCUCUCCAUUCGGAGGUCCAGCGACUCGGCUCGGAGCGAUCAGGCUCGUCUGCGCACUCGCAUGCGUCACCUCGUCUUGACCCGCUUGCGGCUGCGGCGUUCGCAACCCCGAAGAGUCCGUCCAUCUACCAGGAGGAGUCUGGUCCGCCUACACCGCAGAAGGAGAUCCAGCAGCCACAUUUCCCUUCGAUCGCGGCCGUGCUGCCGUCGCAGCCGGAAGAGGAUGAAUUGGAGCGGGAAGAGCGCCCGCCUGUCGCGCAGCAGGACGAGGAGGAAGAGCAUGGCAGCCCGCACGAUUCGACGGAUGAGCCGCCGCGACUUUCGUCUACGCACUCUUCCGCCUCGAGCGAGCACAGUGUCUCCAUCAAGACUCCUCCGCAGUCGGCCCUGACGCACGAAGCGGGCGUAAACGGUCACUCCAAGACAUUCGACGCCGACUCGCGACCCAUCUCGAUGCGCGAUACGAGCGUUCUCGACGACGUUGUCGAUUUCGAUGAGACGUCCGUCUACUCCUUCCCUGCCCCGCCCAUUUCCCCUACUUCAGCGACCCGCCCAUCUCCCUUCCUCAUCCCUUCGCCUUUCCUCAGUCAAGCCGAGCUAGACGCAGCCAGGGCCGCCGAGCAUGCGAAGGAGGUGCAGUCGAUGCCGCCCCCGCCAAACGCUGCCAACUACGCCAACAGAAGUGGCCCGUCUGAGUCUGAGUCGGCAAAGCAGAUUGCUUCUCCAUUGCAGCAUCGCUCGAGGCCGUCCGUCGAGGAGAAGGCGCUCGUGCUCCCCCCUUCACGCGAGGUGGUCAAGGCGGAGCCAGGUCCCCCUCUCGAUGAGGAAGAUGACGAUGCGCCUCCGCCUCUCCCUCAGAAGUCGCCUACUCCCAACGGCAUCGGCAUCAACGGCCUUCCAUCGUCCCGCACCUCUUCAACCCUCCGCCUGUCCGACCACGAGUCGCUCGAGCGGGUGGGCGCAGAGGCCAGCCCAUCCAAGGCGAAUCCUGGUCGCGCAUCAGCAUCGCUGCUUCGCACGGUCGACGAGCAGCUCCGCGAGACCCAGCAACUCGUCGAGAAGCAGCGGCAGGAGGUUCAGUCGCUGUGGCAGCAGCUCACGGACCUCGAGCUUGAGCGGACGGCGGAGCGCGCCGAGAUGAUCGACCUCAGGCAAGAGGUUGAGAGCUUCAAGGAGCGCAUGACGAAGCGGUUGAGUCGCAGCCUGAACGAGCAGGAGAAGAAGAAGCUCGAAACGGCGGAGCACAAGGCGAGGGACUCGGAGGCUCGAGUGCGUGUGGCGCAGGAGGAGGCGAGGCGCGCUCGCGAAGAGUUGGCGCGGGUUGAGGAGAAGCGGCGGAAGGAGCAGGCGGAUGCGAAGAGCCAGAUUGAGGCGCUCGAGGCGCAACUUGGUUCCAUCCGCGCCGUCCUGCUUGGCGGAGCUGGCCUGAAGAUCUAG